CGUAGUUAUUAGAGACGCCCCAGGUCUCUAUGAAAUCUACAGGAAUUCAAAUGUCUAAUCCGUAUAUAUAUAUAUAUGUUUUAAUCCUUUGAGAAUAAAUAGUGAUUUAAAAGAAAAACAGAUCAGUUGUUGAACGGCUCUGCUCGUGAUAUUCUAAUGCCGUUGAUGUUGGAGGUUGCUCUUAUCCACCUCGAGGACUAGAUGCGAUAGCCAGCACGAGAUAUGCCGCAGCCCAAAUCACGAAAAAUCGCCAUCCUCGGGUACAGAUCCGUAGGAAAGUCCUCGCUAACAAUUCAGUUUGUGGAAGGCCAGUUUGUUGACUCAUAUGACCCAACAAUAGAAAACACAUUUACCAAGAUGAUCACGAUAAACGGACAGGAAUACCACCUGCAGUUGGUAGAUACAGCGGGACAGGAUGAAUACUCUAUCUUUCCUCAGACCUAUUCCAUAGAUAUCAACGGUUACAUCCUGGUCUACUCUGUCACGUCUAAUAAAAGUUUUGAAGUAGUUCAGGUUAUCCAUGAAAAACUGUUGGAUAUGGUGGGGAAAUCUCAAGUACCUAUUAUAUUAGUGGGGAAUAAGAAUGACCUGCACAUGGAACGGGUGAUCAGCUGUGAGGAAGGGAAGGCACUAGCAGACUCCUGGAACGCUGCCUUCAUGGAAUCCUCAGCUAAAGAGAACCAGACGGCAGUGGAGGUGUUCAAGAGGAUGAUCCUCGAGGCGGAGAAGCUGGAAGGCGGCGUCCAACCAGGGAAGACUUCCUGCUCAGUCAUGUAGAGCUGCCAACCAAUCAAAACACAGAAUAGGACUGCACUGGGAUAUCCUGUUACUUGAAGGCUUCCUGCCAGUUCCAACGACUACUUCUCAACUGUCAUCAGUUGUCUUCAACUGUCUUCAACUGUCAACUCACCAACUGUUUAUUUACCAGUAUUUCUGUUUCUGUAUGUCUGUAUUGUUUUUCUGUUUGUUUGUUAUGAAAGGUUGAGUGACUGUUUUCUUUCAUACUGUACAUUUCCCACAAUCCACCUCUCAACUGUUCUGGCCUCAGCCCUGAUGCAAAACUGAGGCCCUGGUGAGAAAUUACCACUAGCUCCUACCAUCUAGACCAGAGAAACCCUCCUGUAGGUUUUAACUCCAGCCCUGUUCCUGGAGAGAUACCCUCCUGUAGGUUUUAACUCCAGCCCUGU